UUGGCUCCUCCAGUAACACUCAUCCAUGAAACUUUUCCCUAUAUAAUAAGUUUGUGGAACAUUACGCAACUCUCAUCAAGCACCCUCUCUCUCUCUCUCUCCCUCUCCCCUUCAGAAGCAUGAGCAUGUACGAGAGAGUGAGCUCCAAGAAAAAGUUCAUCAUGUGGGCUUGUACUAUCUCCACGGUGCUUAUUCUAACAAUCAUAAAGCAAGCAGGAGCUGAGCCCAAGGUUCUAGCUUCCUCUCACCAUUCCUUCUCUACAGUCUCUAGGCCUGCCGCCGCCGCCGCCGCCACCACCACCAAGACCUCGAGCGCCGUGGCCUCCGCCUGCGCAGCCACCCUCUACCCAAAUGCAUGCGAGUCCGCCCUCGCCUCCGUUGCCGGAGCACCGACAAAGUCCGCAAAAGAGCUCUUCGACAUCUCCGUCCAAUCCGCCAUGACCCGGGCCCACUCGGUCCGCGCCAUGGCCUACAACCUAACUCUCAAGCACCAGAAGACUGGGUCCGGCCGACCUACCGGCAUGGACGACUGCCUCGAGCUCCUCGACAUCAGCGUAGAUCAACUCAACGACGUCCUCAACCCGAAGACAAGCUCGAGCCCUCAUGACGUCAAGACGUGGCUCAGCGCAGCCCUCACGAACCAAGCGACGUGCAGGGAUAGUCUCGACACCGUCGAUGCCUCCGACGGGAGGGAUGCCAUGAGCGCCCAAGUGGAGAGCUUGACGCAAUUCAUUGGUAACUCGCUCGCACUUCACAAGAAGCUCGAUGGGGGAAAGGGUUCCGGUGGCCGGAAGUUGUUGUCCGAUGGAUUUCCGGCGUGGUUGUCGGCCGGGGACCGGAAGCUUCUGCAGGCUUCCCCGGAGGACAUUCGAGCCGACGCGGUGGUGGCCAAGGAUGGCAGCGGGACCCACAAGACGAUCAACGAGGCCAUCGCCUUCGUGUCGCCGGCUGCCGCCAGCGGCGGCGGCGGCGGCGGUGGAAGGAGCGUGAUUUAUGUGAAAGCCGGGACCUAUAACGAGUACAUUAAGAUCCCAACCAAGCAGAAGAACGUUAUGUUGAUGGGAGACGGGAAGGGCAAAUCGGUCAUUGUGGGCAGCAGGAAUGCGGCCAACGGGUAUACGACCUACGGCACAGCGACUGUCGCUGCCAUGGGUGCGGGCUUCAUUGCCAAGGGCCUAACCAUCAUCAACAACUCCGGCCCAUCCAAGAGCCAGGGCGUGGCACUGAGAGUUGGCGCCGACAAGUCUGUGAUCUACCAAUGCUCCAUCCAGGGAUACCAGGACACCCUCUACACCCACUCUAACCGGCAAUUCUAUUCGGAAGAUGACAUCUACGGCACCGUCGACUUCAUCUUCGGCAACUCGGCCGUCGUCUUCCAGAAUUGCUUCAUCCAACCCCGAAAGCCCGGCGGGGGACAAAGGAACUCGAUCACGGCGCAAGGCCGGCUCGACCCGAAUCAAAACACCGGCAUAUCGAUCCACAGAUGCAGGAUCGUCGGUGCUUCCGACUUGGGCGGCACUCCGACGUACCUCGGCAGGCCAUGGCACAAGUACUCGAGGACGGUGGUGAUGGAGACUUACAUGGAUGGCUCCAUCAACUCUGCUGGGUGGGAGCCAUGGUCAGGUAGCUUUGCACUGUCCACUCUGUACUAUGGUGAGUAUGCCAACACGGGCCCAGGGGCCUCGACGUCCGGCCGGGUCCGUUGGCCCGGCGUUCACUCGUCGCUCUCCGCCGCUGAAGCAUCCAAAUUUACUGUUGCUGGAUUCAUCUUUGGUGACUCAUGGUUGCCCGGGACCGGCGUCAGCUACACUGCCGGACUGUAAAACAUAUACGUAUACUUUCUGCAGGCAUGAUAUGUGCAUCAGUUAUCACUGUUUUGCAUCAGGUUUGGGGAUGGGCCCUAAGAUAUAUUAUGGUAAUUCAGACAAAUUAAGGCUUGUUUGGUUUUAUCUGUAAGUGUAGAUUGAAUCAUGUCGCUAUAGCAAUAAAUGUUGGUUCUAUUUUUAAGCUGACAAACAUUUCCUUUUGAA